AUGGAGCAUAUCCGCAACGACCUUGACGACGACGGCGAAGCCACCGCCGCUCACGCUCACGGAGACCCCGCUUCCGCCAUUCAAGCGGCCGUCACCACUGUCAACCUUGCUCCUGCCCAUGUGCCAUUGGAGUACCCAAGCUCUUCGCAGCCAAUUGACCCGUUGGAUUUGGCGCCGCUGUCCGAAUUGGAAUGGGCUAGUCUGCUGCAUGACGCAGGGUUGUCAACUGACCCAACCACCGCCGCCAUUCAAGCUGUCGCCGCCGAUGACAGAGACCCCGCCGCCGUCGCUGUCAACCGUGAAGACGGCGAGCAAAAUCCAUCGUCGGUGCAGUUUCCCCAAACUCAAUUGCCUCUAUCGCAAGGCUUUCAGAGUUGUUCGACAAGGCCGCUUUCUUACUCUGCAGUUCAGCAAGGCGGCGACGCGACGCGUCACCAAACCGACCCAAUUUCUCGGGAUACUUCUGAGGGUCCGCAAUUUCUUGGCCACGACGAAGGCAAUCAAGAAGCCUCCGCGGCCGACGGCGACCCCACUUCCGCCGUCGCUGUCAACCCUGAAGACGGCGAGCAAAAUCUCGCUGUGAACCCAAGCUCCGGCGGAUUGGGCCCCAUUUCGCAGUUGCCGUCUCUGUCAGAUUUGGGAUGGUCUACUCCCAAUCAGUCUCCGGAGGCGCAGUUUCUUGGCGACGACGGCGACCCUGCUUCCGCCAACGCCAAUCAAGGAGUGCCAAUCAAGAACCCAGUCUCCGGCGGAUUCCAGAAUCAAGACACCGCCGGCAUCUCGCAUCAGCAGUCAACCACUGGCGUCUCCCAUAAUCAAAUUCCGUCAACCGCCGGCGUCUCCCAUCAUCAAAUUCCGUCAACCGCCGGCGUCUCGGCAGUUGGCCCAACCGACAAGGGAAAGCGUCCAUUGAUUUCUUCUGAGAGUACUUCUGAGGGUCCUCGGCGCCGCAGGACACGAAGAUCAUCCAAUCCGUUGUCGCCCACGGUGAAUCGGCCAAUUGCCUCGCAGCCGCGGCAGCCAACGCGUCCUGUGGGUACUUCUACGGGUCCUUCGGCCACUCUGGUCCAUGUUGUUUCAGGGCAUUCUCUGACUCAGCCGUGGUCAACUCAGGGCGUCUCGCAGCCGAGUGGUCCUUCGCCCCCCAGGCCACCAGGGCCACCACCGCCAAGGCCAAACUCUUCCUCUACCGUUCCCCCUCAGCAAGGCGGCGCCCCAGGUCCUCCUGUGCUCAUUGUGCACUUGAGAAAAGCCAACAGAACUUGCCCCGACAUCGGGGCAGUGAAUACAUUUUUCUGGGCAUUCGGCAUAAUAUCUCGUAUUGAAUUCUUUCGAACUUCCCCUGAAACAUUGUACAGGACAGCGAGAGUUACCUACACUUCCGAUGAGAGCGUGCGUAGGGCACUGGUCAGCACAGACGGCUAUGUCAUGGGCUAUUGGAUCAGCUGGCACCGAGAAAUCCAACCGUGUCCGGAUUGCCAACAGAUUCUAUAG